AUGCCUCAGUACCAUACCGCGACAGGAACGGUUUCGUAUCCAGAUGCCAAAUCGAGUUUUCCCAAAUUUCCACAGGUUGGAUUUGGUCGUGCGGUCGCUAUUGGUAUAGGUGCUGGAUUUGUAGGGGCCUUGGUCAUGUCUGGGUCAAACAAAAUCGAGCAGUUGUUCACCGGUCGCCCGGAUUCCUAUGUACCCGCUCGAACAAUAGGCAAUCACCUGGGCGUCUCACCGGAAUUUUACAAGCGCCACACCUUUCUGUUGAACCAUGCUCACCACUUCGGCAUGGGCAUGCUUGCUGGACCGUUCCGAGCAGUCAUGUCUUACUAUGGUGUCAUCGGGCCGGUUGCAGUCUUCAUGCAUACCGGUAUCCGCAUCAUGCUGGACCAACUGAUGGAGACCACUGCAAAUGUGUCAGCGGUUCCUUGGACGUGGCCGAUCAACGAACAGGUCAUCGACAUUGUGCAUAAAGGAACAUAUGCACUUGUCACUGGCUACAUAUGCGACAAGAUGGUACGAGGCGUUGAUUGGUUUAACAGCUGA